AUGGCGGAAGUCGAAAAGCCGGAUAUUAUUCCUGGCACUGAUAUCAUCUUUACGGAUGGGAGCAAUGGAGAGAAUACGACACCCGGUGAGGUUGUGCUCAUCCCACAGCCGACUUCCAACCCAGAUGAUCCUCUAAACUGGAAUAUGACAUGGAAGACUACGAUAAUCUUCAACCAGUUCAUCUUCGUCUUCGUGAGCAUCAUGACACCGAUGGCCAUCUCGCCCCUCUCGCUCAUCUUCGAGGAGGAAUUCAACAAGACGUUGCCGGAAGUGAACAUGUUAUUCGGCGCUGCGGCUAUCACCUUAGGAUAUGCCAACUUCCUCAUCGUGCCCGCGGCAAACAUGUGGGGACGACGUCCAGUCGUCUUGAUCUGCGGCCUGAUAUGUAUCCUAGCCAACAUCUGGCAGGCUCUCGUCACGAGCUAUCCGAGUUUCCUGGGUGCUCGUGUUAUUUCUGGACUUGGGGCGGCUGCGAAUGAGAGCAUUAUGCCUAUGGUUGUUGCUGAUUUGCUAUUCCAGCAUCAGAGGGGAAGUAGUAUGGCACUGUACUUUUGGGCGUAUUUCCUCGGACUUUUCAUCGGACCUAUCAUCUCCGGCGCCAUCGCCUCGCAGAUCUCGUGGAGGUGGUUCUUCUGGGUUUGUACCAUCUUACAAGGUGCAAGCUUCAUAUUCCUCCUUAUCGCACACCCCGAAACAAAAUACGACCGACCGUCCGCCCCCACAACCAGCCGCAACUCCACCGUCAUCACCAUCCGCGACCCCAACCCUCACCCCAACCCCACCGCCGAAAAGCCCGAAAACGGCGGCGCUUCAAGCUCCAGCACCGAACUCCCCACCCCACAAACCACCGCGCACCACCACGCCAUCGGCCGUCCGUCCCGCGCACAAUUCUCCCUCCUCCACCAACCCCAAACCCAAAAUCGGAGUCAGAGUAUAACAGCAACCCUCCUCCGCGACAUCCUCUCCCCAAUCCAAAUCCUCCUCACCUACCCCAUCGUAACAUGGGCCUCUCUCUCCAUGGGCUUCGCCGCGAAUUCCCUGCUCGCGCUCAACCUAACCACAGCCCAAGUCUUCGGCGCGCCGCCGUAUCUCUUCACGCCGGACCAGAUCGGGUUCGUUAAUUUCGCGUUUGUGGUGGGCGCGGUGGUGGCGUUGGUUACGGCGGGCCCGUUGUCGGAUCGCAUUGCGUUGGGCCGCGCGAGGAAGAAUGGGGGUGUGUUGGAGGCUGAGAUGAGGUUGUGGGCGCUGGUGCCGUAUGUUUGUGCGAAUGUCCUGGGUAUGGUGGUUGUGGCGGUUGGAUACCAGCGGGCGUGGCCGUGGGAGGCGGUUGUCGUGGUUGGGUAUACGCUCGUUGGGUUGCAGGUUGUGGGGAUUCCGGCUAUUGCUAUUGCGUAUGCUGUUGAUAGUUAUAAGACCUUACCUGGGGAAGUCAUGAUUGCUGCGACAAUUGUGAAAAAUACGUUCGGGUUCGGAAUGAUAUUCUUCUUCAACGACUGGGCAGCGCAGUCAGGGUAUAUUAAGCCCGUGCUGAUGAUGAUGGGCCUCACAAUCGGCGUCACCAUCCUUGGGCUGUGUGUCUUUACUCCCUGGGGGAAGCAGUUCCGCCGCUGGACCAAAGACUCCAAGUUGCAUUCUUUAUAG